AUGUCAGUUACGUUAAGCUUGAUAGCCCCUGUGGUUGAACUAUGGGGAAAAAGCACCAGGUAUCGUAUACAUUGCAUGUAACAAAGGUUUGAUGAGACUAAGGAUAGAAAUGGAUGUAAAACCAUCAGAGAUGGCAGCAACAGACAGGUUGACAGAAUGUUUGGCAAUAACAAAUCUUCCAUCUGUUGUAGUUACACAUAUGCUUUCCUUUUUGUCAUGGGAAGAUAAGCUCAAUGUCAUCAUUGCUAUCCCUCAGUGGUGUUCAUGUUUCAGAGCUGUGGCUGCUUGGAAGUGUGUUGAAUAUGGCAAUGAAAUGGACGAGAAUAUGUACUUUUUGAAAGAAAAGCGUACCAAGUUCUUGUUUUGCAUAAAACAAUAUGGAAAGUACAUGAGAUCUAUCAAGUUAAUCUUUGGAAGUAAACUUAGUCAUAUGGCAAUUAAGAUAAUGCAUGCAGUGAGUGAAUUUUGUUCUCAUCUGACAUAUUUUCAUAUAGGACAGGAAGUGCCAUUACAGGUGGAUGAAAGUCUUGUUUGGAGAAAAAGUGUGGUAAAUGGUAUUUGUAGUAUCUUACAAAAUUGUAACCAAUUGAAUAGUGUUUCUAUAUGUCAGCCUGUGAUUGACUGGACAGAAUCUCCUGAUAACAAUAUUAUCUUGAACAUUAUACAGCAAGGUCUGGCACACAAGAUUACUAAUCUAGAACUAAAUGCUGAGUCACUGUGGGAACAUGAAGGUUAUCAGGACUUUCUGAAGAACUUUACUCACUUAAAACGUCUUGUUACAAGGAGGGAAAAUAUUACCGAUGAAAUUCUCCUUGUCUUGGCUCAGCAUAAAUUGGAGGAAGUGACUUUGGUUCAAGAAGAGGAAAUACCUCUUCAGCAGCAAGAACAUCUUAAAGAAGGAUUCUGGACUAAAGUUUUAAACAUCUGCCCAACAUUCCAAAUUGACAUGAUCUUAAGGUAUAUUAUGGUAAUCAAGGAUUCCUUCCCUGCUAUGAUGCCGUUAAGGAAAUUGAUAUUAGAUGACCUUGUUAACAUUGUGACCAAAGGUGUACUGGAGCACCUCACUGAAAACUACAAGGACUGCCUGGAACAUUUCACAUACACAAACUCUCUACUAGAAAAUUAUGAAACGGGAGAUAGGAGGUUGCCUUCCUCUCUUGUGAACAUGGCUAUGAAGUGUACAAAAUUGAGAUCUUUACAAUAUGGCUUUCCUUUGUCCAGUACCUCAAUCUUGCUUCUGGCCCGUGCUAGGAAGCUUGAGAAACUCCUCAUCCAGGCAGUGGAGGUAUCUUAUGAAUAUGACUGGCAGACUGAUCCAAACUGGUCUUCCGAAUUUGUUGCCUGGCUUAAAGCCAGUGGAAAGAACGAAAGAACUCUGGAACUUGCAGUUUCAGAAAUCCUUGGUUUUAAGUGGAAACUCAGUUAUGAUCCUUUUACUUUAGAUGAACAACUCAACACUAUGUACAUGUGAAUGUUAUUGAAUAAUAAAAUGUUGCUGCAAACAAAUAUCUAAACACA